AUGUUUUACUUCCACUGUCCCCCGCAGUUAGAGGGUUCUGCCCCCUUCGGAGGCCACUCCACGGGAGACUUUGACGAUGGUUUCUUACGCAGGAAACAACGAAGAAACAGAACCACGUUCACCCUGCAGCAGCUGGAGGCUCUGGAAGCAGUUUUUGCUCAAACCCACUACCCCGAUGUGUUCACUAGAGAAGAGCUGGCCAUGAAAAUCAACCUCACAGAAGCCAGGGUGCAGGUAUGGUUCCAAAAUCGAAGGGCUAAAUGGAGGAAGACAGAACGAGGUGCAUCAGACCAGGAAGGCUCUAAAGAAACAAUGACCGAGGUGGCACCACCAGUGAGAAAUUUAAAUUCCCCCUCUCCAGUUGAUCAAACUAGGAACAAGAAGGAGAGCCUAGAGAUUCAGCAGAGCCUAAGCCGAUCAGUUGGCCCCACCGGACCUUUCUUCCCAUCAUGUCUACCUGGGACUCUUCUCAACACAGCCACCUAUGCUCAAGCUUUAUCACACGUCGCUUCUCUGAAAGGGAGCCCUCUGUGCUCUUGCUGCGUUCCAGACCCCAUGGGCCUCUCCUUCCUCCCCACCUAUGGCUGCCAAAGCAAUCGCACAGCCAGCGUGGCAGCACUGCGCAUGAAAGCGCGGGAACACUCGGAGGCCGUGCUGCAGUCCGCCAACCUCCUGCCAUCCACCAGCAGCAGCCCUACCCCCCCGGCCAAACCUGGCCCGGAGAACAGCCAGGAUAACAGGUCGUCUCCGACCAAGGAACAGAUGGAUGGGGAGAAGAGCGUAUGA